AGCAAAAUAGACAACAGAAGAUGGCUUGGGAAGGAGGAAUUGAGCCCAAUGGCACUGAAGGCAAGAACUUCUACAUUCCCAUGUCCAACAGGACUGGGAUUGUUAGAAGUCCUUAUGAGUACACUCAGUAUUACCUGGCAGACCCGAUCUUUUUCAAGCUCCUGGCUUUCUACAUGUUCUUCCUGAUCUGCACUGGGACUCCCAUCAACGGCCUGACAUUGUUCGUAACUGCUCAGAACAAGAAGCUCCGGCAACCUCUCAACUAUAUCCUGGUCAACCUGGCUGUGGCUGGACUCAUCAUGUGCUGCUUUGGAUUCACCAUCACCAUCACAUCAGCUGUUAAUGGCUACUUCAUUCUUGGAGCCACCUCCUGUGCAGUUGAGGGAUUCAUGGCCACACUAGGAGGUGAAGUUGCUCUCUGGUCACUUGUUGUCCUGGCUGUUGAGAGAUACAUUGUGGUCUGCAAACCCAUGGGAAGCUUCAAGUUCACUGGAGCUCAUGCUGGUGCUGGAGUACUCUUCACAUGGAUCAUGGCAAUGGCUUGUGCUGCACCUCCACUCUUUGGAUGGUCAAGGUACCUUCCUGAGGGAAUGCAGUGUUCCUGUGGUCCCGACUACUACACACUGGCUCCAGGUUUCAACAAUGAGUCAUAUGUCAUCUACAUGUUUGUUGUUCACUUCUUCUUUCCUGUCUUCAUCAUUUUCUUCACUUAUGGAAGUCUUGUGAUGACAGUCAAAGCUGCAGCAGCACAGCAGCAGGACUCAGCUUCUACCCAGAAAGCUGAGAAGGAAGUGACCCGUAUGUGUGUCUUGAUGGUCUUGGGCUUCCUGGUAGCUUGGACACCAUAUGCUAGCUUCGCCGGUUGGAUUUUCAUGAACAAGGGAGCUUCUUUCAGUGCCCUCACUGCAGCCAUCCCUGCUUUCUUUGCAAAAAGCUCAGCCUUGUACAACCCUGUUAUCUACGUGCUAAUGAACAAACAGUUCCGUAACUGCAUGCUAACCACCAUUGGAAUGGGCGGCAUGGUGGAGGAUGAGACAUCAGUUUCAGCAAGCAAGACAGAGGUGUCCUCUGUGUCUUAAUCAUGAUGGCAUCUUCAGAUAUAAGGACACUGAUGAUCGCUCGCAAAUUUUCAAAAUUCCCAUUAGAGAAAUCUUUUGCCAAAUGGAUUU